GUGUCUUUUAAGGAAGUAUACAAUGGUUGAAGAAUAUCUAAAUAUCUCUUAUUAGCGAAAUUAUCCUCAUAAAACACAGUAACGAUGUCUCGAGGAAUGAUGCCUAGCCAGCAGAAGCUGGCAGAAAAACUAACUAUCAUGAAUGACCGAGGUCGUGGAAUGCUAACACGCAUUUACAAUAUCAAAAAGAUGCUUGGUAAUCCAGAAAAUAAGCCAUCAUUCUUAUCAGAAAAAUCGUUGGAUGCACCAUUUAAAUACCUGUCAAAGAAAUUCCCAAACAUUGAUUCCAAAUCGUCAACGCUAUCUCCAAUACAAAACAUCAAAGCAGAUGUGGUCAAGUCUUUGUCACUGUAUUACUAUACAUUUGUUGAUAUCAUGGACUUUAAGGACCAUGUUACAGAUUUACUGACCACUAUUGAUGCAUGCCAAGUUCAUUUGGACAUUGCCUUGAACUAUGACCUUACCAAACAAUACCUUGACCUCAUGGUGACCUAUGUGUCAAUCAUGGUUUUGGUGUCAAAAGUUGAUGACAGAAGAUUAGUACUGUCUCUGUUUAAUGUAGCACAUGAAUUUCUCCAUGGUGCAGGCGAUGCCUCCUUUCCCAGACUUGGGCAAAUGGUGCAGGAUUACGAUCACCCAAUGAAGAAGAUGUCAGAGGAGUUUGUACCUCAUUCAAGGGUUUUGAUCCCAGCCAUUAUGUCACUACACGUAAUCUAUCCCAAAAGGAAUUUAACAGCAGAAAUGAUGAGAUCUACACAGAUGUUAAGUUUGCUAGCAGAACCUGCUAAAAUAAUGAAUAGUCCCAUCACAGAUAUGGUUCAAUGUGAAUAUCUGUCACAAGACGUCAUGGAGAAAUGGAUAAUUUUUGGAUUGAUGUUAUGUUACCAGUAUUUACAAGAAGCUAAGGCAUGGGACCUGUGGAAACAAGUUUUACAGUCAGGGUAUAUUGUACAGUUAUGUAGAGAUGAGGUGUUACACAUCCAUGGAUUUAUUGUAUCAUUCUUUGAAACAAUUAAAGGACACAACAUGAAAAAGAAAAUAGAUGAUGUGAGAGAAUUCCAACAUAGUGCAUUGCAGACCUCGCCAGGAAUACACAAGGAAAGAAGAAAAUUUUUAAGAUCAGCUUUACGAGAACUGACACAAAUAUAUGCUGAUCAACCAGGCCUUCUUGGACCAAAGGCAUUGUAUGUAUGGCAAGGCUUGUCCGUCGCCAGAGAUGAAAUUCACUGGUUACUUCGACACUUUGAUAAUCCUCCAUCAAAAAGACACAACAUUAAACUAUCACAAGAAGAUUUUGUUGACAGACAAUUACCAGAGUUGCUGUUUUACAUGGAAGAAUUAAGAGGUUUAGUGAAGAAAUACAACCAAGUUUUACAGAGAUAUUUUGUGCAAUAUUUGUCUGGUUAUGACUCUGUCCUGUUAAAUCAACUAAUACAGAAUUUGGCAGUCUGUCCAGAAGAUGAAUCCAUUAUUUUAUCAUCAUUAUAUAAUACUGUUGCAUCAUUAACCGUUAAACAAGUUGAGGAGAAUGUACUGUUUGACUUUAGAGGAAUCAGACUGGAUUGGUUCAGGCUUCAGGCAUAUACAAGUGUAGGAAAAGCAGCACUGAUACUGAAGGACCACAUAGACAUUGCUAAACACAUGAACACUAUUUGCUUCCAUACAAAGAUGGUGGAUUACUUAGAUCAGAUGUUGGUGGAAACUUCAGAUUUAUCAAUAUAUUGUUUUUAUACUCAGAUCUAUGAACACCAGUUCAAACAAUGUAUGGAAUUCCCAGCACAACAUAGAUUCAGUAUUGUCUUCCCUAUGAUCUGUGCACAUUUUAUGAACGCAACACAUGAGCUUUGUCCUGAAGAGAGACAUUCAAUAGGUACCACAAGUGUCCAGUAUACACACUGGUUCCUGAAGGAGAUGUCAGAUGAAGUAAACCAGGUGAUAACAGCUAUCUGUGAAGAGCAAUGUAUGCUAAGUGACAAGUUACUACCAAAACAUAGUGCAGAUACCAUAAUACAGACAGCCCAGAAGAAAAGACCACAGGAUAAAAAGAAAAAAACUGUUGCUGAACCUAUUAAACCUGGACAAGAGAGUGCUAGAAAAAACAGAGAAGUCUUUACAAGAAUGGACAAGUUACAUAUGGCUCUAACGGAAUUAUGCUAUGCUAUAAACUACUGCAAUGUGAUACAAGUAUGGGAGCAUGGAUUUGUACCGAGGGAAUUCUUCUUACAACACUUAGAAACAAGAUUUAAUAAAGCCUUAGUUGGAAUGAUGAUGUACAAUCCAGACACAUCAGAGAUUGCAAAACCAUCGGAAUUAUUAAACAGUGUUAAAUCUGUCAUGAAUGUCCUACAGGGACUAGAAAAUUAUGUAAACAUAGACAUUGCUAGAAUCUUUAACAGUGUAUUGCCACAACAGACUCAGCAUAUAGAUAGCUUUACUGGGGAGAAAACAAUUACUGCUAAUUAUACCAACUGGUAUCUGGAAGUAUUAUUACGGAGAGUGACAGUAAAUGCAGGCCAGAAUCCAGUCAUAUUUUCCCCCAACCAUAAAGCCUUUGUCAGUAUACAAACAGAUGGGAACCAGUUCUUUGCUGCUGAGGAAUAUGCAGAUUUGACAGAGUUAAGGGCCUUGGCUGAGCUGAUUGGUCCAUAUGGUAUGAAAUAUAUGGGAGAGAGGCUGAUGAAUCAUGUGGCUAGCCAGGUUGAUGAACUGAAAAAACUAGUCGUCGGUAACAAAGAGGUCUUACAGAAACUGAGGACUAACUACGACAAACCAGAAGUAAUGAGAGACUUGUACAGACAGUUAACAAGACCCAAGCAAUCAGCAAAUACAAAAAAUACAUCUUCAGAAUUUCACAGCCUUGUCCAGAAUGUGGAUAGUGUCUUACUGAGAAUGACUAUUAUAGGUGUAUUGCUAUCAUUUAGACAGCUGGCACAGGAAGCUCUGAUAGAUGUACUGGAUGACCGAAUUCCAUUCCUAAUGGCAUCAGUCAAAGACUUACAACACUUUGUGCCAAGUACCAAAGAUCUGAAGGUGAAAACUGUCGUAUAUAAGGUAUGCUUUUGCAAAGGGAUACAUUUUGGUUUUUUGUUUGAUGACACUGGUUUUUAGGCAUACAGUAAUAACUGAAUAUUUUUUUGGCCAGCGUCCUAUUAAUUAUCAACUAAGGCCUAUUUUAACUAAAUAAUGGCAAUAAAAUAUGUUCUGACCAAGAGCCAUACAUAUUGAGCGAUAUUUUACUAAGUGUACAAAAUGCAUGACUUUUCGUGACAAAUUGUAAUAUUUGUUCUCAACAAGCUUUAGGAAUAUAUUAUUUAAGGUGGUACAUAACACUACAGGGAGAUAACUCUGUAUAAAUCAGCUGAAUGUUUUAAUCACAUUCUAUUGUUAAGGAAAUAAUAAGCUUCUCAAUGAUCAAAAUUAGUGUUUGUCAAACUACUAUAUAUCCAAUGAAAUUUAUCCGAUUAAGUGUGUGGUUCAAGUUUUUUGAAAUUUUUAUAUUUUUGUCAAAGGGUCAAAGUAAAUAUUUUGUCAAAAUUUUAUGAAAAUUAAACGAGACAAAUUAAUUUUAGUCAAGGUGUUUGGUACCACCUUAAAGGUUCUGAAACCCAUUAGACAACAAAAGACAUGUAUUUUGUAUAUCGAAAAAAUCAUGCUUUUUAAUUAUAAAAAAAGUAUGGAAAUAAUAUCAAUGAAUUAUUAAUUAUUUACAAUUACCCUUAACAAUAACAAAAAUACUUUAUUAUAAUCAAAUAAUUUCAUAUUUGGAGUUUUAAUGAUGCAAAGCUUACAUAACAGUAUACACCUCUUUAAGUUGUUAGUUUUUAACAUGAUAACAAUCAUGAAAUUCUGUAAGGUUAUAUAAGAGACAUGUAAAGGUAAAUCAGCCAUUUCAUCACAGUUAUCAAAAAUUCUUGGUAGUAAAAACUCACUUGAAUUUAUAAAUGAUCCCCACAAGAGUAGCCGUUUGUUAUCGGCACUGGAACCUGAUUGGUCACAGUGCACUAUGAAAUAUUUCAAAGACUUUUUGAAAAUUCUCUCUAAUUUAUUGUAUGAAUAGGAGUACAAUGGGAUCUCUUGUGUUGUGUGCGGCUGGAGAAAUGCUGCCGGAGAUAAUGCACUUUACUUGAUUUUGCAUAUCUGCUAAAUAAAUAGAAUGUGUUUUGUACUUAUAUUAGUCUUAGGAAGGGCAAAAAAAGUUAAAAUUUAUUAGUAAAAGCAUGAAUUUAUGAUUGCAAUCCCAUAUUUAACCAUUUUUCGAUUUAGAUCAUGACAUAGUCAGAUAAAAUUAUUUCAUUUUAAGUGGAAUGUUAUCAAAAUGAAACAAUUUUUACUCCUUAUCCUGGGCAGUUUGUUUGGUUCAAACCGAACAGUAUUUCAUGGGUAUUAAAUCUUUUCUGUAUUCAAUGAUAACUAUUUUUAGAAGGCAUGCCGCUGCAAUUCUUUGCACCUGUCCUAAGUCAGGAAUCUGAUGUUCAGUUGUUGCCGUUUGUUGAUGUGGUUCAUAAGUUUUCUCGUUUCUCGUUUUUUAUAUAGAUUAGACCGUUGGUUUUCCCGUUUGAAUGGUUUUACACUAGUAAUUUUUGGGGCCCUUUAUAGCUUGCUGUUCGGUGUGAGCCAAGGCUCCGUGUUAAAGACCGUACUUUGAUCUAUAAUUGUUUACUUUUAUAAAUUGUGACUUGGAUGGAGAGUUCAUAGUUCAUGUUAUUCGGUUCUGCUGGUAAAGAGGUAGUGACUUGGAUGGAGAGUUGUCUCAUUGGCACUCAUACCACAUCUUCUUAUAUCUAUGAAAAAUUGUUAAAACAGAGAUUUUCGUAAUUUGGGACACUCAUUAUACAAAAUUUUAAAGUUGAAGUCAUAGAAGAUUUAAUGAUGAUCAAGUAUGUCAUGAAUUUGUUUACAAAAUGUUAUUGGUAAUAUGACUUUGCUUAAGUCUUAGGUGCUCACCGACUGCUCCAUAUAUGUUAUCAUUAGAUGACCCAAUUUGAGUACAAUAUUCUUAUGUAUUUUAAAAAUUGUUUUGCCAAACAAAAAAAAUAUAUUGCAUAUGACUCAUGCACAAGCAUGGUUUGUUAAAUAUUUCAAUAAAAGCCGUGACAGGGCUGAUAAUGUCAGAUUUACCUUUUUAUGUCUCUGAGUAUACCACUUUUGGUAGCAGAUCAGAAAUGCAGUGACAACACAGUGAAUUAGCCAUUUUAGAAUCUAAUGAAUUAUGGGUAAUUUUAUUGUUUGUAUGCCAAGUGGAAAUAUAAAAUACUGGUCUAAUAUUCAUAUAGCUUAGAAUGUUUUUAACCAAUAAAACAUUUUGGUUUAAACUGUUGAGAAUAUUACCCAUAACACUUAGGUUCCAAUCUAGCAAAUUGUCUUUUUGGAAGAAUAAUAAAUACAAUACAUAUCUGGGUUUUGUUAACUUUGUGAAUAAGCACUUUUUGCCGUAGCAGACGACACCUGGUAGUAUGUUGCAAUCUAUUCUUUAUCCAAAGUUGUAAUUUGUAAUC